UGAGGUUGGCCGCACGGGUGAGUAGGGGAGACGGCGUGUGCAUGUACCUGACCGUGCUGUACCUGACGGAAUGUCUGUGAAUGCUUCAGAUCAUACAGGAGUGUGUACACAACGUGUGUGGCUUUGACUGUGAGCAUGUACUCAAGUGUGCAGGAUUGUGUGCAAGAAUGUAUGAGUGUCCCUGAGCGCGUCUUUGUGUGCCCGUGUCUGCGCAAAUAGCUCUGGGUUUGCCCUUUUGUCUGUGUGGAUGUUGUGGACAGGAGCUCGUGUGAAUAUGUCUGAAGGUGUGGAUAUACUUGAAGGUAAAAACGUGUGUGGAUGAGUUUGUGAGUGUCUCUGAGUGUGUCUUUGUGUCUGGGGGUGACUCUGUGAAUGUCCUGAGUGUACAGGAGAAUGAGAAUGUUUCCAGGGUGCCUUCGUGUGACCACGUGGACAAGGGUGUGUGUGACUCCGUGUGUCGCUAGCAGAGUCCUCUCAGAUUAGGUCUGAACCUUUGUGAGUCCACAUUGAGCAGCCUCCUCCCACUGACCCCUGACCCUUCAGAAAAGCCCAGCCUCUGUGCCUCACUCCUUCAUGGUGACUCACCUCCCUGCCACCCCUGCUCCCCACCCAUCAACCUCCUGCCUUGAAGGGCAGUCCCUCUCUUGUCCAGUUUCCCUUCUUCCCACCCAAAGCCUUCUGUGACCAGAAAAGGAGCCCUAACGUUAGCUAAGCAGUUGUACCUCCACUUGACAAAUGAAAAUGUGGGCUCAAAGCACUGCAGUGACCUGCUGCAGGUCCCAUAGAGGGCACAUGAAUUUGACCCCAUGACUCCUACAACUCAGGGUAGGACCCCUGGCCUCCUCCAGACCCAUCAAUGGUCCCAGUCCAGGGCUCUGAGAAGGAGAAAGGGAACUGACAUUCAGGGACCCCUAGCCACUUGCUUGGCUGUUCUCGUGUUGUCAUUUCAUUCACUCCAGUCUUUUGUUGUUGUUGUUUGUUUUGUUUUUGUUUUUUUCUGUGGUACGUGGGCCUCUCACUGCUGUGGCCUCUCCCGUUGCAGAGCACAGGCUCCGGACGCGCAGGCUCAGCAGCCAUGGCUCACAGGCCCAGCCGCUCCGCGGCAUGUGGGAUCCUCCUGGACCGGGGCACGAACCCAUGUCCCCUGCAUCGGCAGGCGGACUCUCAACCACUGUGCCACCAGGGAAGCCCCUCAUUCACUCCAGUCUUGCUCAGAGAGACAGGGAACCGGAGGCCCAGAGAGGAUGCAGAAAAUGCAGAUUUAUCCACCCAUCCUCCCUGGAAGCACAUGGGUCAUUCUCUUGGAGGGUGAGGGAGGGCAACUCCACUCUGUGUAAGAAAAUCAUCACAAAAAGGUGCUUCUGGGUGGAAUUACAGCAGGCUCUGCCAAGGCUGAGAGUGACAAACGACUAAGUGUGGGGCCAGGCCAGGGGCUAGGGUCUGCACUGGAUGAGCACCAGGACAAUGUCUUCUUCCCCAGUGGGCGACCGCCUCACCUGGAAGAGCUGCACACGCAGGCCCAGGAGGGGCUCCGUUCCCUCCAGCACCAAGAAAAACAGAAACUGAACAAGGGUACCUGGGACCAUGGAGACACACAGAGCAUCCAGUCCUCCCGGACCGGACCAGAUGACGAUAGCAUCUCCUUCUGCAGCCAGACCACGUCCUACACAGCUGAGAGCUCCACGGCAGAGGAUGCUCUCUCCGUCCGCUCUGAGAUGAUCCAGCGCAAAGGCUCCACCUUCCGACCGCAUGACUCAUUUCCCAAAUCAUCUGGAAAGUCAGGGCGUCGGCGGCGGGAGCGGCGGAGCACCGUGCUGGGACUUCCACAGCACGUGCAGAAGGAACUCGGCCUGCGGAAUGAACGUGAGGCACCAGGUACUCCUCGGCCUCCCGGUCCACGGGACGUUGUACGCAUCCCCACGGUGGAUGGCCAUCCGGCAGGCCCGGCCUCAGGGCCAGGGGCCAGGGUGUCCCUGCAGGCGCUGGAGGCAGAGGCUGAAGCCGGUGCCCAGGCAGAGGCCAUGCUGCAGCGCCACAUCGACCGCAUCUACCGGGAUGACACGCUCGUUGGCCGGUCCACGGGGGCCCGGCCCUUGCCACUGACCCGGCCCAUGUCCCUAGCAGUGCCCGGACUGACCGGAGGGGCAGGGCCUCCAGAACCCCUGAGCCCGGCCAUGUCCAUCUCGCCCCAGGCCACCUACUUGUCGAAGCUGAUCCCGCACGCCGUGCUGCCGCCCACAGUGGACGUGGUGGCCUUGGGCCGCUGCAGCCUGCGCACGCUGAGCCGCUGCAGCCUGCUCUCAUCCAGCCCGGCCUCCAUCCGCUCGCUGGGCCACUUUUCCUCGGUCUCCAGCCCGCGGCCCCGCAGCCGCCACCCUUCCUCCUCCAGUGACACCUGGAGCCACUCUCAGUCCUCUGAGACCAUUGUGUCUGACGGCUCUACCCUCUCCUCUAAGGGUGGCUCAGAGGGCCGGCCAGAGAGCUCUGUGGCCAACAGUAACGUGGCGCCCCCUCCCCUGGGGGGCAGCGGGAGGGGCUCUCCCAGCGGGGGCAGCACUGCCGAGGCCUCGGACACUGUUAGCAUUCGGAGCGGUGGCCAGUUGUCCAGCCGGAGUGUGUCCCUACGGAAGCUGAAGCGGCCCCCGCCACCUCCCCGCCGGACCCAUUCGCUCCAUCAGCGCAGCUCAGCAGCACAUGAUGGGCCCCUGGGGCUGCCUCCCAAGCCCGAGCGGAAGCAGCAGCAACAGCUGCCCCGGCCGCCCACCACUGGCGGCGGGUCAGAAGGGAUGGGGGCAGCACCCUGUCCAUCCAGCUCAGCAGGCAGCUGGGUGCCUGGCUUGUCUCCAGGUGGCUCCCGGCGUCCCCCACGCUCCCCAGAACGGACACUCUCACCCUCCAGUGGAUACUCGAGCCAAAGUGGUACCCCUACCCUCCCUCCCAAGGGUCUAACAGGGGCCCCUGCUUCCCCAGGCAAGGCCCAACCCCCUAAACCAGAGCGUGUCACUUCACUUCGAUCUCCCGGGGCCUCAGUCUCCUCCUCCCUCACGUCUCUAUGUUCCUCCUCCUCUGAUCCGGCGCCCUCAGACCGCUCUGGUCCGCACGUGUCGACCGCCCUGGGUGACAGGUUUGUCAUACCUCCUCACCCCAAGGUGCCUGCCCCCUUCUCCCCACCUCCCUCUAAGCCCAAGAGCCCAAACCAAGCUGCCCCUGCUCCAGCUGCCCCUGCUGUGGUCCCUGGGCCCAUCUCUACCACUGCUGCCAGCCCUGAGACCCCACCUACUCCCCAGACAUCCCUAACCCCGCCUCAGGCAGCUCCCGGUGCCUCCAAAGACCAGUCGCCCCCACCAUCCCCACCCCCAUCUUAUCACCCGCCCCCGCCACCCACUAAGAAGCCAGAGGUGGUUGAGGAGGCCCUGUCUGCCCCAGAGACUGCUGAGGAGGCCCUCCAAGAUCCCACCUGGCCCCCACCCCCGCCUCCUGCACCGGAGGAGCAGGACCUGUCCAUGGCUGACUUCCCUCCACCCGAGGAGGCCUUUUUCUCUGUGGCCGGCCCUGAGCCUGCAGACCCUUCACAGCCCCCGGAGCCCUCCUUAGCUACUGUCUCUUUCCAGAGCCAGCCCUGUGGUACCCCAGAUCUUCCUCCAGCUCUGCCAGCCCCAUCUGUUGCUGGUUCUGUCCCAGGGCUUCAGGCCAAGGUCCCUCGGAGGGAACCAGGGGGCUGCAGCAAGGGUGGCGGCCUUCCCAGGGAGGAUGCUGGUGCACCCCUGGUCACACCCUCACUCCUGCAGAUGGUUCGGCUGCGCUCUGUAGGCACUGCCACAGUGGCUCCGACUCCAGCGUCAGGGCCGUCGGCCCCCCAGAAGCCACUGCGAAGGGCCCUGUCAGGGCGGGCCAGCCCAGCGCCUGCCUCUUCAGGGCUCCACGCUGCUGUUCGGCUCAAGGCCUCCAAUCUGGCUGCCAGCGUGGGCCCUGUGAGUGACCAGCCCAAUGGACCACCUGAGGCAGAGCCGCGGUCCCCUGCCUCUACGGCCAGCUUCAUCUUCUCCAAGGGCACCAAGAAGCUGCAGCUGGAGCGGCCCGUGUCCCCUGAGACCCAGGCUGACCUCCAGCGGAACCUGAUAGCUGAACUUCGGAGCGUCUCAGAGCAACGGCCACCCCAGGCCCCAAAGAAGCCACCUAAGGCCCCCCCGCCUGUGGCCCGCAAGCCUUCUGGGGGAGUCGCCCCCCCCACCUCCCCCAGCUUUCCUCCGGCUGAGCCCCUUCCUGCUCCUCCCACCAACGGGCUCCCCCAUGCCGAGGACAGGACUAAGGAGGAGCUGGCAGAGAAUGGAGGUGUGCUGCAGCGGGUGGGUCCAGAGGAGAAGCUGGGCCUGCCUGGCACAGACCCACAGAAAGAGCUGGUCUGACCACCAGGCACCUUGCUGGCACUGCUGACCCAUCCCAGGAAUACAAUCUCAGGGACCUGAGCGGCUCCAAGGAUGAGAGGAUACGGCAGACACUUAACCUAAUAGGGAGGACGCCUGCAGCCUUAACCUCCACGGCCUUCAAUAUUUACACAAGCCUGGUGUGGCUCCUGUCCUCCAAGUCAUCCGGCUCUCAUGCCUUUUCCUGAAUGGAUUCACCUCUGGCAGCUGCCGCUUCAGUCGUGGCCUUAGCCUCAUCUUGAAGGAGGUAGCUGGUGGGAGUGGGUGUCUGUGCCCCCUGCUGGCCUCAAGGCCACAGAAUUGGGAACAGAACACCUCACUUGAGGUUUUUUUUUUUUCCUUUUUUUUAAAUGUCCAAAUCAUGCACAUGCUGUAGUCCAGAAUCAAAGCACUUUUGAAAAGUGGCUGCAUGUCCAUCCUCCAGGGCCCGCGAAGCCACAUUCCAGGGGCCUGUUUACAUGGCAGCAGCAUCAGUCCCCAGUAGCCAGCCCAUGGCUGGGACUAAUCUGUCCCCCUCCUCCGAUCCAGUUUGCAACUUUUCUUAGUUCUUGGAGGUAGGCAAGUCGUUGUAUUCCCACAGGCUUCUCCAGGCUGGAGGCAGGAGUGGGGCUGUGGAAUUCCAAAGCACAAAAGGUGCAGUGGGGGUUAGCCCUCCUGUGCCUCAACUUACCACCAACCAGCCUCCUACCUUCUGGUUCUGCCAGGUGCUCCAUGCAGGGGACAGGAAGUGGGAGACUGCCAGGGCCCAAAUGGGUGGGGGAGAAAGAACCAGAGGGGAGGUCCACAGGCUCUCUCUGUCCUGAGAGAGUGGGAGAACAGAGUAGAGAGUCACGUCAUGGGGCACUUGGCCCUGUUUUACUUGAUCAGGUUGGGGUGGGUGGGCACGACUCUUCAGAGGCCGGAGCCGCAGGCCAUGGCAAAGCUGGGUUCCUGUCAGCUCGACAGGAAGUACUGAGGACAUGGAUGGAGGGAUUGGGUCUGGCAGGGAAGAGCCUAUUUGGGCAGUGGGCCCAGACCCGGCCCUAUGGAUUAUAUCGUCUGACCUUUACUCUGCUCUGAGCAUGUCCUUUCUGCAGCUGCCUUUCAGCACAGGUGGUUCCACUGGGGAGAGCUGACGCUGAGUGACAGGAUGGGAAGCCAAAGAGGUGCAUUCUAUGACAGACUCUUCCCUAGUCAAUGAGGGGGAACUCAGCGCUCCUAGGGGCGGGCUGGGUGGUUCCCCCCUAGACAUAAGCCUCUGCUACUGAUCUCUCCUCCAGGAAUUUUGCUGACCUUCCCACUUUCAACCUGUGCCACCUAUCUCGGUAAGCUGGUUUCCUCACUGGCCCCGGUGGCUCCACGGGGGUGGCCCUAGUGCCUCCUUCCACUGCAGCAUGGCUGUCAGCAGGUCACCCCUUCUGUCUUGAUCCUCUUUCCUCAACGGUGACUCAGGCUUGAGCCGGGCAAGGGACCUUGCUUUUAGCUGCUUCUCCUCCACCCAGGAGAGAGGUUGACCCCCUCCCAGAAAAAGAGCUGGGAACACAGGGGAUGUGGUCUGAGAUCCCAGGUUCCUAUGGCCCUCUCACACUAUUCUCUUCUCUCUGUAGCUAUAAACCAAUGUUCUUCCCUGCCCUUUGGGUAAUGGAGAGCUGCUGCUGGGUAUGUGUUGUGCCUGCCCAGUGAGUUGGGGAAAGAGGACAGUCAGUAAGCCCUCCUCUGCUCAGAGCUCCUGAUUCAACCCCCCCGGGAACUGGGAACCAGAAACCAGGACCAGGCCAAAGCUUCCAUGACACCAGGCCCUGGCAGCAGCCUCGGAGCUGCUGGAGGUAGGAGGGAGCCCACCUUCUGUGUUUCUUUCCCUCCCCUUCCUAUGUUACUGGAGCCCCUUGUCUUCAGUUAAGACUCCUCUGAGCUUGUUUUCCCACUGGGUGGAACAGAGUAGAAAGGAGAAGGGAGGACCUCCAAGAGGCAAAUCCUUUUGUCCUCUUGGGUAAAUGAGCUUGCCCUAGUGCACAUGGAGACCAAAAGCCUCUGAUUUUUAAUUUCCAUAAAAAUGUUAGAGAAGUGUGAGUGUGUGUGUGUGUGUGUGUAUACACAUAUAUAUAUAUGUAUAUACACACACACAUAUAUAUAUAUAUUUCUUUAAGUUUCUGAGUCUUUGAUAUGUCUAUACAAACAAUCUAUUCCCUCUGCUCUGAAGCUGGAGUGAUACACAUGGAAAAAGCUCUGUGUGGGUUUCAUUCGAAGAUGUUAAUUAAUUAAAUGAUUAAAACUUG